CUUGGCUCCCUGGGAGUGGUGGCGGUUGUUUCAAUAUGGCGACGGCAGCAAAGCGAAGUGGAAAUUCGGGGAUAUUUUGGAUGAAUGACGUAUCAGAAGGGGAACAGCCUUUAGUGUUUGUUCCUGGAGUCGAUGGAGGACUGAAGAGUAAGACACCUUUAAGGUGUGCAUCCGGUAAAAAAGGCACAACGAUCCGAGUGAAGCAUCCUUCUAAUGGCAAAAACCACACUUCCCAGAAGACCACGCGUAGUAAACAAGGCCACUUUCAAAGUGAAUACUCUGGAAGUUAUACCACCGAGGAAGUGUCAGUGCAUCAAAGGGAUGCUGCGCCAACUAUGCAGGCCCUCUCUCAGCGCAGCGAUGCUUUUGCUUCUGUGCCACAGGUGAGCAGCAGAGCAAAGAGCGACAUCUCACUGAAGGACCUGUGUGUUGAAGACAAAAAGAGGAUUGCAAACCUCAUUGAAGAGCUAGCCAGAGUAAGUGAGGAGAAGGAAGAGUCUGUGCAGCGUCUGAGAGAUGAACAGGGAAACUUUGAACGCAAGAUCCAGGAGCUAGAGGAACAGAACCUGAUGAUAGCACAGGAGAGAGAGAGCCUACAGCAACAGUACAAAGAGUGCCAGGAGCUGCUUGGCCUCUACCAACAGUACCUUUCUCAGCAACAGGCCAAGUUAAACCAGUCCACGGCACAGCUCCAUCAGCCCGCUCACAAUAAGGUGCCCGGUUCUGAGGAACCCCCCAGCAGGACCUCUAGAAGCAGAGUUAAUGGCUCACUCUUUGAUGGCUCGUACCUCAGCCUUGCUGCUGGCGGAGCGCAGCCGGCUCAGGUGUUCAGGAGCGGCAAUGCGAGAAGAGCUGCUGUGGAGACGUGUAGGAACCCCGCCUCUCUUUCCUGUGACAGUGAGUGGAGUCCAAACGACGGGGCAACCAAACAGCACAUGCGUCAGAAAAGAGACUGCAGGCAACCACGCAUAUGCUGCACAUGCGAGCGCUGCCAAGACGGUUGUCAUGACACUGGCUAUGGUACACAGCACUGGAGGAGCGAAAGCAGCUCCUGUCUGGUGAACUGCCACCAUGACACCUUUACUCGGAAGGAGCAUCAAAGGCUGCAGAACGGGAACGUGAUCACUGCCGAAGCGAGGGAGGCCCUCGCCAGGCCUCUGCUGGGUCACGAGGACUGGGAGGAGAAGCGGCACCAGCUGCUGUUGCAGAAGAUGCAGUUGGAGACGGAGAGAGAGAAGCUGCAGGCACGGCUGGCCGAGCAGGAGGAGCGGCUCAGCAGACAGACAGAGCAGCUUCGACAGUCACGACUUCAUCACAGCAGUCAGGCUCAGUUCAGCAGCUCAACCACUCAGAAUGCAGGAUCAGAGCCAGAGGGUCCUUCCCACCAAGAUUUGCCCUCCAGGUCAUCUGAGGAUGUGGAGACUCAUUCUGCAGCACAGGACCAGCAUUUAAAGACCUCUCAGGCUAAAUCUGCUCCUUCUGCCACUGGAAACGCCAAUCCCUUACAACGGUCUCAGAGGGACAUGGCCACAUCUCCAAUAAAAGCCCCUUCUGGCCAAACCUUCCCUACCCCAGUUUCUGUAAUCCAUAACCCCCCAGAAACCAGGUUGGAUUAUUCUUUGGCUGAGGUAUUGGACAUCUUUAGUCCCGUCUCUGCCCCAAAGCAGUACAAGCCCGCUGCUCGAAGACCCAGAAUGUCGCGACACAGUUCAAUCGUCACUGGAUCUAAAUCCGCAGAAAUAAACCUGCUUACUCCUGGUGGGAGCUCUUUGCAGAGCGUUCAGCAGGACCUGGAGGAAAGCCAGAUACUGGAAGAUAUUUUUUUUAUCUGCUAACAAAAAAAAUCAAUCACUUGAUAUUCACCAUUUUAAUGACGCCUUUUUGUCUUCAGUUGUUUUCUGAAAUUAGGAUGACUUAGAUUUUUUUUGAUCGUGUUCUUAUUGGCCACUAUGUGUCCCAAUCCCCCCCCCCUCCUCCUCCAUACAAAUAAAUGUAUAUUUAUUCAGAAUUUCUUCUCUUUGUAAGUGAAAUCAUGUUUUACCUCUGGAAUGUUUUAACACUGAGCUGCAUUUAUUGCUUCUGAAGACCUUGGCAAUGUAAAUGCAAACUGAAUCUCAUGACUCACAAUUGUCCAUUCUGAAUCUGACUCAAUGUAUUAUGCAUAAAUCCGCAGCCUCAGUAAAUCCCUUGAAACAUAAGCCAGUUGCUUCUUUUUAACAACCAACACCUUCCUUUCUGUUUUAUUUUUUUAGGAGUGUGUAUGAGAGACGUCGCUUAAAUGGCAGUCAUUAACUUCACAUUUAUAUUGGUAUCAACUGGGCAUGAGCCUGUAUAACAUAUAAGAGUAAGUAGAUGGGAAUAUUGUUUAAAAACAUGUAGAUACACACUAUUAAGAUUGAUCCUUUUAAAAAUAUAAACAUAUAUUGUUAUAUUUUUCCUAAGCGCUUAAGGAGGAUCGGCGCCCUAUUGCCCCCUAUGGGCCAGCUGCCACUGCUCUCAUGUUACGGAGCAUCGAUACACUGCUGUAUAUUGACCUGCGUAUUAUGUAUAGACCUGAAAAAUAAUUUGAUAUAUAUCAAACUAAGGUAAUGCUUGGGUCAAAACCUACAUGGUGCUGCAGUCAUUUUAGCCAGGC